CUCUCCUCGACCCAGAGGGAAAAGAAUAAUUUUUUUUAUUUUUAUUUUUGAAAAAUACCAUUGUUGAAAAGGCCAAACCUUCCUUAUCCUCAACCUCACACAUCCCUGAGCAAGUAGUGUUGUGUCGUUUUCUUUGAUUCAAGGUACCGUUUCCUUAAGGUUGUGUUACGAGAUAUUGGUUGAUGCAUUGAGCUCGCUUUGGUGAUUGUUGUCUUUUUUGAAGUUCAGUUUUGUUAAUCAGUGAGGGAAGGAUUAGUGGUAGUUUGCUAGAUUUCUUGAAUGCUUUGUUUGUGAUUGAGAUGGGUUCGUGUGGGAAAUCUGCUAUUGUUGAUGAUCCCUCAGGUGGGUCUGUUAUUGAGCAGCAUCUGUGCUCAGAGUUUCCGGUACAGUCUGUUCCUGUGCAGCAAUCCGGUAUAGAAGAAGCUUGCAAUGUGUUGGACUCUAAUGUUGACCUCUCCAGUAUGACUGAGGCAAGCUUUGUUGAUGUUACCGAGGGUUCCAGAGAUGCUUUGGCAAGUGAAUGUGAAAAUGCUGAUAUGUUCCUAUUGGAGAAAACUGCUGAAGAUGAUUGUCAGAAUUGUUUGGGGAUUUGUGGUGGGAACAUUGAAGUUUCCUGUCUACAAAGUGGUGGUUUGUGCUCAGGAGGGAAGUUUCAUGAUCAAGGCAGCUUGGAUGUUCCAUCGGAGACUGUACCCACAAAUAAAUUGGAGAAGCAUUGUGCUCAACAGGGUGAGCAGAAGGAUGACAAGAGCAACAUAUUACCCUCAGCAGGGGAUGAUUCAGCAGUUGUGGAAGGCAAAAACGACGAUGCUGGUUUACUUGCUGAUGCUUUCAAUUGUGUGUUUGGUUUCAGGCAUUCUGAAGUGUCUUUGGAAUCAGAUUCCAUGACUGACUUGGUAGUUGAUUGCAACCAGCAGAGUGAGCAGGAAGAAAUUAUGAGGAAUGCAGAUCCCUUGCCAAAGGUUGUGGAAAAAUGUGAUGCUUUAAGUGGGAUGGAAAUUGAUGCUUGCAGGCAGAUAUCUCCUUCACCGGGUAUGGAAGUGCCGUUGGGUGCAUUAUAUACAGACACUGAAGUAGAGAGCACAAGUGGUGAGCUACAUGAUCAGAAAGAUGGUGAGGAUUGGAAUAGCACUUGUGAAGAAAAGAUUAAAGCUUUUGUUGAUAAAGAAAUCAGUAUGAAUUCAUUUGUAAAAGUAUUGUCCUCACCAGGUUGCCAUAGGACCUUGGGGAGUUCACCUGUAGUUGAUUCACCUUGUGAGCCUACCCUGUUGGAUUCGGGGAGUGAAGUGAAGAAUGGUAUACUGCAAAUAGAAGAUAAUAUCUGUAGAUUGAAGGACAGUUCCUCAGAGGAAACUACCAACUCUAACUUUAGCAAACCAUUGUAUCCAGAAUCAGAUCAGCCCACUUUUGUUUUAAUCACCAAUAGCUCUUUGACGGAUAUGUCUGAUCUCCUUUGUAAGGAUGAUGAUGUUCCCAUCAACAAUAAUAGUGCAGUGGACAAUCCUGGAUGGAUAGAUAAUGAUGGAAAAAGAGCUGUUGAAAUUGAUUGUGUCACUGAAAGCUUACUGUUACCUUCUCAAAGGAAUAGUCGAAGAACUAGAUUUGGUAGUAAGACACAAACUAAAAAGACCUCAAGAAAAUGCAAGAACAAAGACAGUGUGGCACAUCCAGGUGUAGUUAUGAAGAUAAACUUUAGAAAGAAAAGAAGUUGUUUCUCCAAACCAGCUCGUUCUUCUGUCUGGGGAUUGCUUGGGAACAUUAAACAGUCUUUUGAGCAAGAUAAUGAGCUUGGGGUCAGUGAAUCCAUGUGCCAAGAAGUGGGGAAGACUAGAAACAAGCGUCAAAGUGGGAAAGCGAUUAAGAAUGGUGCAAGUUCUAGCUCAUCAAGUUCAGCACAGAAGUGUUCUGUUUCAACUACUCGUUAUCGUUUGAAGAUCAAAUUUGGGAAGGAAACUGAUUUAAGGUGUUCAAAUGUCUUGAUUCCAGAGGCCUCUGAUGGCUUGGCUUCUGCUUCCUGCUUGGGGUCUGGUUCAGGUUCUCAGAAAGUAGCCAGCAAUGCUGAAGAUAAAUUUUCUGAAGUUGUGGCUUUGGGCAAUUUAGAAUCUUUCAAAAAUGACUUGGACAAGGAUGGUCUUGUUCUAAAUGGUCAAAUUGCAAAUAGCCACUUAGAAAAUACUGGACUAAUGAAGAAUCCAGAUGGGGAUGCAGAGGAACAGUGUCUUGCAGUUCCUACAGAGAGGGUGGUUGAGGCAUUGAUUGAUCCAAUCAAUAAUAAGAGUAUGGAUCCUGGAACUUCACCUGAUUCGGAAGUUAUCAAUUCAAUUCCGGAAGGCCAGGUUGGAGAAAGACAUCAAGAAGAUUUACAUCAUGCUGUUUUAGAUUUGUCUAAAGGGUUCAGUUCUAAUUUGGAUGUUACCAUCAGCAAGCGAGGGAAGAAGAAAGACAAGCUUAUUUGUUCCAGUAAUUGUAUCACUGAAGACGGAGCACAAGGUCCACCAGGUAAUAAUAGAGCCAAGAAUUCAAAGAAUCGCAGAUGUAAGAAGAAUUGCAGUGAUGCAGUUAGCUCUUUGGAAUUGCCUACUUCCACUGAGAUAAGCAAAUCACUGAGCAGUGAAGAAUUAUCCAUAGAAUCAUUGCCCCUUUCUGGAGAGAUUGAACUUGGAGGCUCCACUAAGGCUUUGAAAGUUGAAUGUCACAUGGAAGUUAAGACAACUUGUAAACCAUCGGUUGACCAUGGAGAAUCCCAGGUCUUUGAGAAUUUGCUGUCUUCUGCAAGAUCUUUGGGGCGUAAAUUACCGAAAAGUCUUAAACCUAACUCUAAAAGUCUUAAACCUAGUAGAGUUAGCAAGGCUAAAUCUAAAGCUUCCGACUCGUCGAACAGGAAAAAAACUACUUGUAGAAGCAAGGAGAAACCGAAAAAGCAAUCUAAUAAGAGUGAAGUCAAGGGAAAAGGUGUCUCUCUUAAAGUUACGAGUGAAGUGGAAGAUCACCCAGUUCCAGCAAAUUUUGUGGGAAAUCUUGAGUUGGAUGCUGUUGGAAAAAUUAAUGCUGGUGACAACAAAGUAUCAGUCAAUGUAUCUAAUUUGGACAUGCUGCCUGCUGUUGGUUUGGGAGAGCAGCAUUUAUCACCACGUAAUGCGUGGGUACGUUGUGAUGAUUGUCACAAGUGGCGGCGUAUUCCAGCUGUGCUUGCAGAUCAAAUUGAUGAAACUAACUGCACCUGGACAUGUAAGGACAGCAGUGAUAAAUCCUUUGAUGAUUGUGCUAUCUCUCAAGAAAAGUCAAAUGCAGAGAUUAAUAAAGAGUUGGGAUUAUCGGAUGCCUCUGGUGAAGAAGAUGCGUAUGAAGACUCCAAAGCCUAUAAGGAAUUGGAAUAUCAACUGCCAUUGGUUUCCCAGGAGUCAACUUUUACCCAUAUUUUCACCAAUGAGUUUCUGCAUCGUAACCACAAAACUCAAACUAUUGAUGAGAUUAUGGUCUGCCAUUGCAAGCCAUCUCAACAUGGCAAGUUGGGCUGUGGGGACGAGUGUCUAAACCGGAUGCUUAACAUUGAAUGUGUGCAAGGAACCUGCCCAUGUGGGGACCAUUGUUCCAAUCAGCAGUUCCAAAAACGCAAUUAUGCCAGCUUGAAGUGGUUUAAAUGUGGGAAAAAGGGUUAUGGACUGAAGACACUUGACAGUGUAGCUAAAGGGCAGUUUCUUAUUGAAUAUGUUGGAGAGGUGCUUGACAUGCAUGCUUAUGAGGCACGGCAGAGAGAGUAUGCUUUGAAGGGUCAUAGGCAUUUCUAUUUUAUGACCUUGAAUGGCAGUGAGGUGAUAGAUGCGAGUGCAAAAGGGAAUUUGGGGCGUUUCAUUAAUCAUAGUUGUGACCCUAAUUGUCGGACAGAAAAGUGGAUGGUGAAUGGGGAAAUCUGUAUUGGACUGUUUGCACUGAGGGAUAUUAAGCAGGAUGAAGAAUUGACAUUUGAUUACAAUUAUGUAAGGGUUUUUGGUGCUGCUGCCAAAAAGUGUUAUUGUGGUUCACCUCAUUGUCGAGGAUAUAUAGGUGGUGGUGAUCCGCUCAAUGCUGAACUGAUAGUUCAAGGUGAUUCAGAUGAAGAAUUUCCAGAACCUGUGAUGCUUAUUGAAGAUGGUGAAAUUGAAGACAGUGUACCUAUACCCAAGUACUAUGAUAAUGUUGAUACACAGUCUGCUAGACAUAUAUUAAAAGGCAGGGAUGUAUUGGCCAAAUCUAAAACUGCUAUAGAUGCUGAUGGUUCUACAGAAAAAGAGAGUUCUGUGAACCCUGCCUCUGCUGUUUCCCUGUUGCAGAGCUCAGUAGAAGUGGACUCAAAAGACAAGUUGCCAUCUUCUAUUCGAGCAGAAAGAAUUUCUCAACAAAUGGAAGAUGUAACAAGCAAACCCGUGUCUGCUUUACAAGGAGGAUAUUCAAUGGAGUCAGAGUUUGUAGACAAAACUUCCUCCGUUCAAAGAUUAGAUACUACUCCUCCCCUUACAACUGUCAGCAAAGUGUUAUCCAAUUCUACUGGUAGUAGUAAUAGGGAAUCUAAGUCUGAAACAGUUGAAGGCAUGAAUUAUUUUUCACAAUCACAUCUGCUUGUGAAGACUCCCCAACAAAAUGGUUCUGUCAAAAAGGGAAAGGUUCGUGCUAAUCCUCCAAAUGGCCUUAAACCUGAGGUGACAGCCAACCGAAUGCAGUUGUCAUCUAUCAAACACAAAAAAGUAGUAGAAGGCUCUUCCAAUGGACGGUUUGAAGCAGUUCAGGAGAAACUUAAUGAGCUGCUGGAUGGAGACGGGGGAAUAAGCAAAAGAAAAGAUGCCACCAAAGGCUACUUGAAACUUUUGCUUCUUACUGUGGCAUCAGGUGAUAGAAUCAAUGGUGAAGCAAUUCAAAGCAAUCGAGAUCUUUCCAUGAUCCUUGAUGCCCUUCUGAAAACAAAAUCUAGAGCGGUGCUGAAUGAUAUAAUUAACAAAAAUGGUUUACAGAUGUUACAUAACAUAAUGAAGCAGUACAGGCAGGACUUCAAAAAAAUUCCAAUACUACGAAAGCUUCUUAAGGUCUUAGAGUACCUAGCAACAAGCAAGAUAUUGACAUCUGAACAUAUCAGUGGUGGUCCUCCUUGCCAGGGAAUGGAAAGCUUUAGGGAGUCAAUGUUGUCUCUGACUGAGCAUGAUGACAAACAGGUUCAUCAAAUUGCUCGAAACUUCCGAGACAGAUGGAUUCCCAGACCUGUCAGAAAACAUGGCUAUAUGGACAGGGAUGAUAGUAGGGUGGAAUAUCACAGAAGUUUCAAUAGUAACAGAUUUUCAGCAUCACAUAAUCAUAGACAUGAUCAGGAUUCAAGACCUACAGAAGCAAUUGAUAGUGGUCAGCAGUCAAUGCUUGUCACAACUUCAGUAGAUGCUGGAGCCCAGGAGGGCUGCUCUGCACCGUCUCUAGCUGGGGCUGAAAUCAAAGGGGCAAAAAAACGGAAGCGCAAAAGCCGAUGGGAUCAACCAGCGGAGACAAAUUCACAUUCUGAUGCAGUUAUUAGCUCUAUUAACGAAAGUCAGAACAUUCAUGAGGAUGUUCCACCUGGCUUUUCGUUUCCAAUAGGUUCAUUAAAUGCUUCACUAAACUCUGGUGAUCUUGCUUUUCAAAAUGCUACACAUUCUGGAUGUCCCUCUGAUGUAGUUAUUGGUCAUCCAAAAGAGAAAUUCAACUCUCGCUUGCCUGUCUCUUAUGGAAUACCAUGGUCUGUUGCCCAUCAAUAUGGAACACCUCAUGCUGAAAGCACACACUGUUGGGUCACUGCACCUGGCAUGCCUUUUAACCCAUUUCCUCCACUACCCUCUUAUCCACGUGAUGACAAAGACUGUCAAAUUUCUAAUACUACUAAUGCUAUGACAAUUGAUCAGCCUGCUGAAGUUAAGCAGUGGGAUACCAGUGGUCUGGUUAAUUGUUGCUCAGAUGAUAUGAUUCUCGGCGCAACUGGUGCUAACUCUGAAGACAUUAACCAUCCAUGCGAGGACAAUAAACACAUUACUAAACGGUUGAAGGAAGAUUCAAGUGAUUUGGGAAGGAGGUACUUUAGACAGCAGAAAUGGAAUAAUUCAAAAAUACACCGACCAUGGUUCAGGAGGAAUGGAUGGCAAAGUAAUGGGAACAACACCAGUGGUGGUGAUGUGUGUAGUAUGGAUGUAGAUGUACCAAAAGAGUCAAAAGUUAUAUGUUCUUCUGAGGAUGCAAUCUGUAGAGAUGAGAAAGCAUUCUUCUCCUUUUUAUACACUGUACCUGGGGUAUCAUGCUGUUCUGAAUACUGAUCUGCCCAAACCUCCAGGAGGUAGGUAGGUGUUUCUCUUGUAUUCCUCUCAGAAAAUAGAAGACCUGUGAUGGUAAUACACAGCAUUGAUGAGACAAGUAUUAUAGUAUUUGUUUAAACAUUUCCCUUGCUCUCGUG